ACAGCUGUUCCGACGUAUUUUCGCUGCGAAUCGAAAUUUGUUGUCAACAUGCGCUUUUAAACGUGGUUUAAAUAGAGCUUACGUGAAAUUUAAAGAGCCCUUAUAACCUUUGUCAAGAUGCGCUGCUACUACGAGGAGCUCGGGCUGCAACGAGACGCCAACGAUGGUGACAUCAAAACAGCUUAUCGUAAAUUGGCGCUCCGCUGGCAUCCCGACAAGAAUCCAGAAAGCUUGGCUGAGGCCAAGGAGAAGUUUCUGCUGAUUCAACAGGCGUAUGAAGUGCUCUCGGACGCACAGGAACGGUCCUGGUAUGACAACCACCGAGAGCAGAUUCUGCGGGGCAAGAAUUCAGAAUAUACGGAGAACUGCCUGGAUGUGUUCCCCUACUUCACGAGCUCCUGCUAUAAAGGCUACGACGAUAGUGCGAAGGGCUUCUACAAAGUCUAUGCCGAUGUCUUCGUGAAGAUUGCCUCCGAGGACUUUGAGUUCAUGGACAGCGAUGAUGAGAUGGACUGCGCACCCGCGUUCGGCAAUUCAGAGAGCAGCUAUGAGGAAGUUGUGGGCCCGUUCUACGCCUACUGGACGGCCUACACCACCAAGAAGUCAUACGAAUGGCUGUGUCCGUACGAUGUGAGGGAGAUUAAGGAACGUUUCAUCCUGCGCAAGGUAGAAAAAGAGAUGAAAAAAAUUGUUCAAGCCGCCCGCAAGGAGCGCAACGAAGAGAUUCGUAAUUUGGUGAGCUUUGUGCGCAAGCGGGAUCGCCGUGUCUUGGCCUACAGACGUGUGCUGGAGGAGCGAGCCGAGACUAAUCGGCUGAAGCAGGAGGAAAAGCGUCGGGAGCAGUGGCGCAAACGCAAGGAGGAGAUGGCCUCCGCCAAGGAGAACAAAGUUUUCAAUGAGGGCUACGAAGAGCAGCUUAGGCAAUUGGAACAGGCAUACGGCAGCGACUCGGACGACUACACCGAUGAGGAGGAUGAAGACGAAGACGGUGACGGCUCAGAGGCAGAUAGUGACGGGAAUUUGGAUGCCAAGGAAACCGAGUAUGAGCUGGAGUAUGUGGACGACUUAUACUGUGUGGCCUGCAACAAAUCAUUCAAAAAUGCCAAGGCCAAGGCCAACCACGAAGAUAGCAAAAAGCACCGUGAUAAUGUAGAACGUCUGCGCCAGGAGAUGGAGGCCGAGGAGGAAGCCUUCAAUGAUGCGUCUCCCGAAAAUAGUCUCAAUGAGGUCGAAGGAACAUUGGAUGCAAUGCAGCUAAACGACGAACAGGAGGACGCCCAAGGGGAAGAUGUGCUUAAUGAAGAGGAUUCAGCGCCGAUCAAACGCAGCAAGAAAAACAAAAAGUCAAAGAAAACUGUGGCCCAGCAACAGCAGCAAGAGGACAGCGAUGCCCCUAGCGAUGAUCCUAUUCCUUCAGAGCUUAACCAAGCUAAGAGCGACUCUGAAGACGACUGGAGCAAGGGAAAAAAGUCGGCCAAGAAGAGCAAGAGCAAAAAGUCAGCGAGCAGCAAGGGAAAGUCUGCUGAGCAAGUGGCAGAGCCGCCAAAGGAGGUCAAAGCCACACCAACAGUAGUCGCACCCAGCUGCGAGGAGCGAGAGGCACCCGACGCCGAUGCAACAAAGCCACAGCACAGUUGCGUCACCUGCCGUCUUGUGUUUGACUCGAAGAACAAACUGUUUGCGCAUCUGAAGAAGACAAAUCACGGCGUCUAUAUCCCAAAGGCCCAGCCGGAUGUGUUAGGCAAACCGCCAGGCAAAGCCAAGGGCAAGCGCAACAAAUAGAAGCAUGGCACUCCGCCAGAUGUUGUACAUUGUAGAAAUCGUAGAAAUGUUAGAGGUUUAUUUAUGCUAUACUAGUUUCAGUAAAUUCGCAAAUGAAGUUAAUUAUUCUCGCUGCAUGGAA